CCUCCCAGAUCUGAACCGCGCCGGCGAUCGCCGGACCACCCCCCCCCCCUCGCCGCCAUGGCGCUCACCCUCCGCAAGAAGCAGCUCGAUUUGAUCGUGCGGAUGCUCCACCUGAACCUGCAGCAGGGCUCUCCCGACGGGGUGGGCGGCGGAGGAGGAGGAGUGCGAGGAGGAGGGGUGGGAGAUGGGGAGGAGGAGGAGGCGUACAAGAUCCUGGUGAUGGACUCCCCCUGCAUCGCGCUCCUCGCGCCGGUGCUCCGCGUCGGGGACCUCCGCAAGCACGGGGUCACGCUCCACCUCAACAUCGACAAGGCGAGGCAGCAGGUCCCCGACGCCCCCGCCGUCUACCUGGUCAGGCCUACCGCCGCCAGUGUCGACCGGAUCGCCGCCGACGCCGCCGCGGGGCUCUACGCCUCGUUCCACGUCAACUUCUCCACCUGCGUCCCGCGCCCGCUCCUCGAGCGCCUCGCCUCCGCCGCCGCCGCCUCGCGCUGCGCGCACCGCGUCGCCCGCGUCGCCGACCAGUACCUCGACUUCGUCUGCCUCGAGGAGGACCUCUUCUCCCUCGCCCAGCCCCGCGCCUACGUCGCGCUCAACGACCCCGCGGCGGCCGAGGCCGACAUCACCGCGCUCAUCGAUGCCAUCGCGCUCGGCCUCUUCUGCGUCGUCGCCACGCUCGGCACCGUGCCGGUCAUCAGGUGCGCCCGCGGCGGGCCGGCGGAGAUGGUCGCAGCCGCGCUUGACGCCCGUCUCCGGGAUCACCUCAUCGCCAAGCCCAAUCUCUUCACCGAGGCUGCGUCCACAGCUGUUGCAUCGUUCCAGCGGCCAGUCCUGUGCCUGUUCGAUAGGAAUUUCGAGCUUUCGGUGGGGAUCCAGCAUGAUUGGAGCUACCGGCCAUUGGUCCAUGAUGUGCUCGGCUUGAAGUCGAACGUACUGAAGUUGCCAGUAGAGAGGUAUGAGUUGGAUGACUCUGACACAUUCUGGGCGGUGAAUAGCUGGUUGCAAUUCCCCAAUGUGGCAAAGGAAAUCGAGGCACAACUUGCCAAGUACAAGCAGGAUGUUGAUGAGGUGAACCAGCGCACAGGUGGCGCGAGGGAUGGUGUUGAGUUUGAUGGCACCGAUCUCAUUGGCAACACCAGGCAUCUCAUGAACGCAGUGAACUCACUCCCCGAACUGACUGAACGGAAGAAGUUGAUUGAUAAGCACACAAAUAUUGCAACAGCGUUGCUUGGGCAUAUCAAGGAGAGGUCGCUGGAUGGAUAUUGUGAGUGUGAGAACAGUAUGCUCGUGGAUGGCACCUUCGACAGGACCAAGUUGCUGAACCUUCUGAGAGGGAAUGGCACCAAGGAGGAUAAGCUCCGGCUUGCUGUGAGCUACCUGCUGUCGUUUGAGACACCGCAGUCAUCUGACCUUGAACAGGUUGAGGCUGCGCUGCGCGAGUCGGAAGUGGACAUGUCUGCAUUUCAGUAUGUGAAGAGGAUAAAGUCAUUAAACAGCCAGUUUGCUGCAGCAUCAAGCACAAGCAAGGGUCAGCUUGUUGAUUGGGCAGAGAAGAUUUAUGGGAACUCCAUUAUGGCCAUGACGACACAGGUGAAAAAUCUCUUAUCAGAUGGAAGGCAGCUAGCCAUUACAAGGACUGUUGAAGCUCUGAUGGAUGGGAAACCAAAUCCAGAAGUUGACAACUACCUACUGUUUGAUCCACGGGCCCCUAAAUCAGGAAGUGGUGGGCAGUUCAGAGGACCCUUCAGAGAAGCCAUUGUUUUCAUGAUUGGUGGUGGAAAUUACAUUGAAUACAGGAGCUUGCUGGAGCUAGCGCAACGAUCACAGACUACCAAGCAAGUCAUAUAUGGAGUGACAGAAAUUCUUAAUGGUGUGGAGUUUAUUCAGCAACUCUCGGAAUUGGGGCAGAAAGCUGGGUUGGGUGGUGUCAGCAGCAGCCUGCCACCCCAAUAAUCAGGCUUCUACGAGAUAUUUUGAUGUUUAUGUGUGAUUCAAAAUUCCUAGAUUGCAGUAAAUAGUCUCUUACCAGACUUUUGAUGUUAAGGAAUGAUCAAGACUGCAUAGAUCAAUGGUAUUGGCCCUGCUUUGAAUGAGUUAUCAAUACAAAGCUUUCUUAUGAUUUUGUCCUUUCUGAGAGUCUGAUAUGAUAGUACUCAUGUAUACUCAUUUCUUUUACCAUCAGUUAUUUCUUC